AUGGACGGCGGUCACGGUGAGGGGAGCGCGGGCGGUGAGGGAUCUGGGCGCGGAGCACGGGGAAGGGGUGGUCGGGGGGGAUUCCGCGGAUCCGGGGGAAGGAGCAGGGAGGUUGGCGGAAGGCGAGGGGGAUUCGGACAUGGACAUGGGGGAGUAGAGGCGGGGGCAGGCAGGGGAGAUGGGGGGGGAGGAGACCGGAGGAGAGGCCCAGGGAGGGGGAGAGGCGGACAGGAAGGAUUUAACGGGCAGUUAGGAACCGAAACUUCAUCUGCUAAGUACGACGCGCAGCUGCCUGCAUCGAUGGCCACUAAUAUGAGCGCGGGGGUUCUUGAAUCCGCCGUUAUAGUCAACCCCAAUACUGUGACGACACGUGUAGCAGCGUCUUCUAUCAUCGCAACGGCGAAGCGAGUUGUAGUGGUCACGUCGGGAGGUGCAGGAUCGGGAGGUGCAGGAUCGCAAUCUCCAGAGGAGGAUAAGGCGGCGCGGAAGAGGAAGAAGAAAGAGAGGCAGAAAGAGAAGAAGGAGAUGAUGAGGAUGAUGCAGGAGAAGCAGGCGUUGGAUGCAGCCGGAGUGGGGAAGGAAGCAAUUGAGCAGCAGCGAGCCGCAGAAGCUGAAAAGCCAGCUGUACUGGCUGAAUCGACGGACGCUGCAGAGGAGGACAAGGCGGCGACUCCUAAGGCGCCUCGAAAGGCUGAAUUUAAGGAAGCUGCAGAGGAGCAUACUAAGGCGGCAACUUUUACGACGCCUCAAAAGGCUGAAUCUGCGGAAGCUGCAGAGGAGGAUAAGACGGCGCGGAAGAGGAAGAAGAAAGAGAGGCAGAAAGAGAAGAAGGAGAUGAUGAGGAUGAUGCAGGAGAAGCAGAGGGAUGAAGCAGUCGGAGUAGGAAAAGACGCCAUUGAUACUAAGCCGCCUCAUUUUGCUGAAUCGUCGGAAACUGCAGAGGAGAAUGCGGCACGGAAGAAAGAGAAGAAGAAAGAGAAGAAGGAGAAGAAGAUGCUCGAGAAGCAGGCAAAGGAAGCAGCCAGAGUAGGGAAGGAAGCUUCCGAUGCGGCUACACCGUCCAAACCAGAGUCAAUUCCGUCCAAAUCAGAGUCGAUUCCGUCAGUAUCAGAACCGGGUCAGUCAAAUCCAGAGCUGAUUUCGUCAAAGCAGACUCCUGGAGCUGGAAACUCGACGCAUCCAGUGGCGCACGCAGGGGAGGGGCAAAAUGAGGUCGAGAGGAAGGAAAAGGAGAAGCAGGAGAAGAAGAAGCAGAAGAGGGAGAGGCAGAAGGAGAAGCAGCAGCAGCAGCAGCAGCAGCAGGGAGCGAGUGGAAGUAGGACUGACAGGCAGCAGAGAGGUGGCGGUGCUGGUCCCUCAACCAAGAAUGGCAGGGAUGGCACAAAUUUAGGGAUUAAGACUCUCGCACCUAGUGGUUGGGGAGAUGCAGCAUCCGUGAGUGCAGAGGGAGGCUCUGACGGCACCCUAUUUGCUGCAUCGUUCAGGGUCAACGCGCGGAACCGAUUUGAGGCGUAUGUGACUAUAGAGGGAGUUCCUCGGGAUGUCUUGAUUUACGGACUCAAGGCACAGAACCGAGCGGUCGAAGGAGACACUGUUGCUGUUGAGGUGGAUCCUCCCUCACUGCAGCCCAACGAUCCACAGAUAGUCACCACACAGGAAGAAGGUAGCGUUUCAAACGCUCACAGUGCGGCAGGCGUGGGUUCAGCGAGUGGAGUUGAGGCAGGUGGAGGAGGGAGCGGAGGGAGAGGAGGAGAGAGGGAGGACGGGAGUAGGCAGGGGGGAAAGGCGGAGGCAAUAGAGAGGCUGGCGCGGGCAGUGAGGGGGAAUCCUGAGUUGAGACUCACAGGGCGAGUGGUGGCGAUUGUUCAUUGGUCGGCGCGGAGAGAGGCGGUGGUGGGGCGGCUGGAGCUGCUUCCUGCUGCAGGGGCGCAGAUAGAGAAGGAGAGGCAGAGGCGACGGGCUGUGGAGAGGAAGAAGCGAGUGGGGGAGAAGCAGCAGCGGAAGCAGGAGAAGCAAGGGCAGCAGAAGCAGCAGCAGCAAGGGAAGCAGGAGCAGCAAGGGCAGCAGAAGCAGCAGCAGCAAGGGAAGCAGGAGCAGCAAGGGCAGCAGAAGCAGCAGCAGCAAGGGAAGCAGGAGCAGCAGGCGGCAAAGGAGGGGAAUGUGAAGGUGUAUGAGAGUGGGGAUCAUAGUGGUGGGGAUGAGAUUGAAGAGGGGGAGGUGAUAGGGGCAGAGGAAGAGGGGGAGGUGGUUAGGGAGGAGGGGGAAGUGGUUUUGGAAGAGGGGGAGGUGAUUGGGGAAGAGGAGGAGGGUGGAGUGGUUGGAGAAGAGGGGGAAGUCGUUGGAGAAGAGGAGGAAGUGGUUGGAGAAGAGGAGGAAGUGGUUCUAGAGGAGGGGGAGGUUGUUGGGGAGGAGGAAGCGUUAUUCCUGUCUAUGGAAGCUGGCCAGCUCCUGCCCUUCGGUAUAGUCACACAGAGCCUGGGGCCGGCAGGGGACGCUGAGACUGAAACGAGGGCGAUUCUGGCCCAGUUUGGGAUACAUGGGGCGGAUUUUUCGCCAGAAGUAUUAGCAGAGUUGCCUUGUGGGGCUGGUGGGGCGAGGGGUGGUAGUGAUGGUAGGGGUGGUGAUAGUAGCGAGGGAGCUACUAACGAGGGUGUGAGCAGCAGUGGCGUGGGCGGGGGCAGUGGGAGCAGCAGCGGCAGCAAGGGGGGCAGCAGCAGCAGCAGCGGGUGGCAGAUUCCAGCGGAGGAGAUCGCAGUUCGCAGGGACUUUCGGGGCACGCGGGUGUUCACUAUAGAUCCGCCCACCGCACGAGACCUGGAUGAUGCUCUGUCUAUAACGAGGAUAAAGGCUGGGGGGGCUAAGGGAAAGAAAAAGGGAAAGGGGAAGGGGAAGGGUGGGUUAGGGAAGGUAGAGGGGGAGAAGGCAGAGGAGAGGAGAGAAGAGGGGGGAAAGGGGGAGGGGGAGGGAGAAGACGAGGAGGAGGAGGAGUUGUACCAAGUGGGUGUUCACAUUGCUGACGUGUCAUACUUCAUACCUCCCGGAUCUGCACUAGAUGCCGAAGCCGCCCGGCGGUGCACGACAGUGUAUCUAAUCCAGCAGGCCAUGCCGAUGCUCCCCCGCCCGCUGUGCGAGGAUCUCUGCUCGCUACAGCCGGGGGUUGACAGGCUGGCAUUUUCUGUGGUGUGGGAUGUGACUGUAACGGGGGAGGUGAGGAGGCAGUGGGCGGGAAGGUCUGUGAUUCGUCCGUGCGUCCAGCUGGCGUAUGGGCACGCACAGGAGAUGAUUGAUGGGAGGUUUGGCGGAGGGGAUGAGGUGGCAGGGUGGGGGCGGGAAGGAGUGGAGGGGAAAGCGGGCAAAGAGGGGAAAAUGGGGAAGGAGGAGAGGGAUGAUGAGAGUGGAAUUGGGGGUGUGAGUGAAGGGGGGAGUGAGGGGGGGGGGAGCAGAGGAGGAGACGGAGGGGGAGGAGGGGGCGGAGGGGGAGGAGGGGACGGAGGGGGAGGAGGGGGCGGAGGGGUGGGGAAGCUAGACGGCAGAGUAAACGAGGAUUGGCGGCCGGUCCUGUACGGAGGCCACAGGUGGCGCGACGUGAUUGGAGACGUGCUGACGCUGCACCACAUAGCUCAGAGCCUGAGGAAGGCCAGGGAGGAGAGGGGGGCGCUGAUGCAGCUGCAGACGUCCAAACUCAGAUUUUCCUUUGAUGCUGAGGAGGAGGUGGAUGAGGAGGAGGUGAAUGAGGAGGAGCUUGUGGGCAGUGCCAGUGGGGAUGUGGGUUUUGUUAGCAGCAGCAGCGGUGGUGGUGGUGGUGGUGGUGGCGGUGGUGGUGGUGGUGGCGGCAGCACUAAGUGGAGGCCUGUGGCGGCAGCGGUGGCGCCGGCGACAGCAGCAGCGAACCAUCUGGUGGAGGAGCUGAUGCUGCUGGCCAAUACCACCGUCGCCAAUAUCAUCUCUCGUGCUUUCCCCUCGGAUGCGCUCCUCAGGCGACACCCCCCUCCCAACGCCAAGAAGAUGGGUGAUUUCCUGCGCUUCGCCUGCCAGCAGGGUGUGCUGUCAGCAGAUUUCUGCAAAAAGCUGGUGCGGGAGUGCCCAGAACUGAAGCAGCUUAUAGCGGGUACAGGCGGGGGAAAAGGGCCAGGAGGCUUGGAGGAGAUAACAGAAGGGGAGACGGAGGGAGCCGGGGGUAGCAUGGAUGGAGUGAUUCCGUCCAAAGUGCUAAGUGAAAUACUUAACGAGGUGGGGCGGGCUGUGGAGGAUCCAGGGGAGAAAGCGCUGCUGCUGCUCAUGGCUACUAAGCCCAUGCAGCUGGCUCAGUACUUCUGCAGAGGGCAGUGGGGUGGGGAUGAUGUGGAUGAUAGUAACGAGGAUGGUGAGGAUGGCUAUGAGGAGGGUGGUGAUGGUGAUGGGUUCCCUAGGGGAGGUGGAUUUGGGCGGGGAGGUAGAUCUGGGGUAGGUAGAUCUGGGGGAGGUAGAUUUGGGGGAGGCAGGGGAGGCAGAUCCGGGGGAGGUACAUCUGGGGGAGGUAGAUCUGGGGGGGGCAGGUCUGGCAGGGGAGGUAGUUCUGAGAGAGGUAGGUCCGGGCGGGGAGGUGCAUUUGCUGCCAGUGCAGGUACAUCUGGAGGAGAUGGCGCGUGGACGUCUCAUUACGGGCUGGCCCUCGACCUGUACACGCAUUUCACCUCCCCCAUCCGCCGCUACGCUGACGUCAUCGUGCAUCGCCAGCUGGCGGCCGCGCUGGCGGCAGAGGAGAGGCUUAUAGCGAGGAUGGGGCUGAGCAGCAGUGUGAAGUGGGAGAAAAAGGGGCUGGGUGUAGGAUGGGGAGCAGGAGGAUCAGAGGAAGGAGAGGCAGGCGGGGCAAAAGAAGAGAGGGGUGAAGCACAAGGAGCAGGAAGGAAUAGGCAUGAGGUGAAUGGCGAUAUCAACGUAACGCUGCUGAGGAAGCUGACAGGGAUAGCGGCUGGAGGUAGAGUGCUCACUGCUGUGGGGGAUCCCCUGGGGCUGUUGGCAGGGUGUGGAGGGAGUGGGGGAGAGGGGAAGGGAGAAGGGAAGGGAGAGGGGAAGGGAGAAGGGAAGGGAGAAGGUAUGCAGGGAGGGCGAGGAGGAGGGAAAGACGGGGGCAGGAGAGGAGGGAAAGGAGGGAGAGGAGGGAGACGGGGAGGGAGAGGACGGGGAGGAGGAAGGGGAGGGAGGGGAGGAGGAGAGGCGAAUGAAGACAAGAAGAGCCUGUUACGUGGUGAGCUGGUAACUGCAGUGCAACACGAGUGCCAGCUGGUGCACAAGGAACGAGCGAUGCCGCCUGCCGACGCCGUCGCUGAUGUGGCGACGCGGUGCAACGAGAGGAAGCUCGCUGCCCGAUACGCGCAGGAGGCGAGCGAGCGGCUGUUCCUGUGCCUGCUGCUGCGGCGCACCCAGGGGUGCCUUUCGAAGGCCUGGGUGGUGAAAAUCGGGCCGCGCUACAUGAACGUCUACAUUGAACGCUUUGGGAUGGAACGACCCAUUCACUUCAACUCCAUCCCCAACACCACCUGCCAAUGGGUCGCUGCCACUAGUACCGUCAUCAUCGGCGCCAAGCCUCCGCCCUCUGUGGCUAACGCCAAGGCUCGGAAUGGAAAGGCUCAGAAAGACCAGACUCGGAACGGCACGGCUGGAAUUGCUGCAGAGUGCAGAGCAGCAGCGGCGGUGGCAGAUCUACCAGCAGAUGAUUUGGCCCACCUGAUUUCGCCAGCAGCGUUGGUUCAGAAGAAUGGCGGGGAUACAAUCGGUAGUAGCAGUGAUAACGAGGAGAGAAGCAGCAGUGCUGUGGCAAGUGGGGGUUCGGAGAAUUCUACUGGGAUUUCAGGCCUGGCAGCAGAUGAUCUUGCCCGUAGCAUCUCCCCUGAUUUGCUCGAAGGAGAUGAUGAUGCAGAUGGUGGAGGAGAUGGUGCUUAUAACGAGGAUGACAGUAUCCUGUUGGUUGAUGGAGGGUUGGCAGCUGCAGCAGAGGCAGCAGCGGGAGUGGGGGACGAGGGAGAAGGGGGAGUGCUGCAGCCUGUGGUGCUGCCGCUGACGCUCCGUGUGAUGUCUCAGGUGCAUGUGUUUGUGCAUACCACAGGGGGUGGCAAGCAGUUGAUGGAUAUUGGAGUUCGUCUGUACGUUGGCUGA